AUUUGUAAGGCGUAAGGAAAGCACGUUGCACAUAUUUAUAGCCUCUCGAUUUUUUCGUCAAUAUUUUCACAAUUCCCAGAAACAUAAUUCCUUGUUGUUAUAUACAAAAUAUUUAAUGAACAUUUAGAUUGGCUGGCCCAGUGUCCUCCAUAUUUUCAACAAGACCAAUUCAUAGUGUUCUCUGGGCACUACUGCCAUGAAAGUGUAAGCAAGUGUGUGUCAUCAACAGGUCUAUUUAAGGUAAAUAUUUAGCGUUGAUUAUUAUACUUUUCGCGUAUACGUACGUAAACACUUGGCUGGAGUAAGUUGUUAGCAGUGGUGCAAGUGCAAGUGUUGUUAUUGUAAUACAUGCGAGUGUUAUUAAAGAAUAAAUCAAAUUAUGAAACUAUCGUUUAUUAUCGUCGGUAUACGUUAGCGGUUUGCUAACCUGAAUCCCUACCUACGAACCAGUGUCUUGCUUGAUACCGAUACUGGAUAAGAAUAUCAUCACCAUUUCAAGAUACUACGGCAUUUGGUCAGCGUUGUAAUAUUAGCUAAAACUGAGCGAGUGUGAAGAACUCGUCACAGUGUAGAGAAGACAGUGCACGAAGCAACAUCUUUUUUUCAAUUUGUGUUCAACAUAUCCCAUCAAUAUUUUCAUACAAUAAACUGAAAUACAGAUAGUUGAUAAAGUUUGUCAAAAUUUCAUCAAAAUUCAUAAAAAUUGAACCAAGCAGCUUCUACAGUUCUGGAAACCCACGUUGUUCUUUUUGCCAUCAUCAUUAUCAUCAUCAUAAAGUAACAUUAGUGCUGUUGUUAUCUCUGAGACGAUCAACGGAAGGCGAUCCAACCAAGAGAGUUGAAUUGCUUAUAGGAGCACCUUGAGAACACCUAAAGUGUAAGAUUACUCUUCGAGUGAUGUAAAUAUAACACGUCUCAUUAGGGAGCAUAUACGAGAAGCAUUUCAACAGUUGAAAAAUUAUUAUUGCACACACAUAGUCCUAAUUGUUGUAGGCCCAGCUCCGGAGUCAGAGUGAGUUGCAAUAAGUUAAAACUACGUGUAAAAAAAAGUACUCGUGCACAACUAUUAUAAAUUUUGCAAGAGGAAUGUAAUUUUCAUAACUUGGCCAAAGGCAAGACAAGAAUAAGAAGGACACUAAAUACUAAACAUUUCUUCCUCCAUACUGCAAACGUACAUAUGUACAGAAUGCAGUAAUGUAAUGACACACCUUAUGUUCACUUCCUCAACUGCUUCCAAUUCAUGUCAAGCGCUAGGCCGUCAUGUUCAAGAGUCGAAACUAUAACAAACUUUAAUAACCAAGCCGAGUUGAAAAUGUACAGAAAAAAAUUUACUAAAUAAAAAGUUCAAAAAGCAUUAUUUAUCCCAAUUUAAAAUUAAUGUUGACAUUUUAACAGCUUUAAGUGUAAUCUACUUGUGAUUCACUCAUGUAAUUAUUUUAUCAAGACAUUAAUCUCGAGAUCGGAUUUAAUUGUGACGUUUGACAACAUUCUAAUUCCUUUGGCUGUCAACAAUAGCUGGGCUUGAACCAGGAUCUGCAUUACAUUUUGGAUUACCAAUAAACAUGUGAAUGAACUUGGAGCAACAAAGAUCUCUGUUUCCACAACUGCCCACACACAUGCACACACACGACAUCCCAGCAGAGAGGUGGUUACAUAGUUAAAUGAUACGUGUGUAUUGUUCCUUCCUUCGCACCACGGAACGUUUAUAAAGUGAACUUUAGUUGAGUGAAAUAAAAUAUAAUCCAAUCCAAUUGACAAGUCUGGAGCUAGCGAGUGAUUGAAAACUUCAUUUAAUUUCAUUGAAUGCAUACCAGAUGAACGUCUCAAAUGAGUGAAUUAGUUUCACCGUGGAAAGAUACCUUUGUCAUAUCCCUUUAAUUGCACGCACAUACAUCAUUAUCAACUCAGAACCGUUUAUAAUCAACCCAAUACAGCCACGCUGACUGAUACAGAAACGAUUUUGCGCCUGAUGUAACGUGUAUGAAUGCCAAUCCUAUGACGAAUUCUUGAUCAAAUAUAAUAUAAAUACAAUGGACCCAGCCCCAUGAUAAUAUGAUAUUGUGAGAUAAUUCAUCCUCCAAACGUUCAUCAUACAGUACAUGCUCCAAAGUUGCAGUAAAGCUGACUAAAGUUUACAAAUACUUUGCAUUUUCUAUGCAGAUCUUUAUUAAACAUAACAACACUAAUAAUAAUACAGCUUCAUGUCCGUGUUCAAUGUUUUGUCUAUGUAAUUGUGCAGAGCAGAGAUUCAAACAACCUGCUCCUCAGUAUUGACAUUAUUGAACCACUGCACAAAAGCAGGGCUCAAGAGGAGAUGAAAAACGCAUCAUGAUGACUUUGACUGAUUGUGCUGCUCGUUAUUAAAGUAUUUCAGUGGUGACGGCGUCAUCAGAGAGCGAGAGAGAGAGUGACAAAUUUAAAUGCCAUAGGUCUCUCCAUUCAUGAAACUCAUUGUGACGACGACGACGAGAACAAAAUGAGCCUGGAGUAUCAAAAAGUUUAUAAUAGUCAGACGCACCCCGGUGAAGAUGAUCAGUCAGAGAAAGGGAUUUCCCUGUGCACGGACUAUUACGCCAUUAAUAUGUGCACAUCUUCUCCUCCUCCAUCUCAAUCUCCUCGCCGAGAUCACUAUCAACGACUGAAGCAGAAUGCACCACAAACUCAAGUCUCCACUAUUACCAAAGUGUUUCUCAGAUUAGAAGCCUCAACUGGUGGGCAUUCAUCCAGAUCCCCAAGAAGAAUGAAGUGCUGUGAAGGGAGCUUAUCAAUUUUACCCAAUCACAACGUUUGGUGGACGUGUUUCUUUUGUCUUGGACUCUUGCUACUUUGCGUUUCUUGUCCUGUGGCAGAUGCUGUGGGGAAUCUUGUGGGUAUAUCAGGCUCAUCUCAAAAAUGUGAUAAUGAAGGAGAAGUGUUUCCUUUGCCUGGGUCCAUCGAGAAUCCUUGUUUCACGUGUUUGUGCAGGCAUGGGCGAGUGGAAUGUGAAAAACAAUCAUGUCCAAGUCUACAGGGAUGUUUUCUCAUCAUGUCUGGGCAGAAGGACGGAUGCUGUGAAGUUUGCAAAGGUUGCAAAGUCAACAACGUCACGUAUCCCAGUGGGAAAGAAAUUACGGAAAAUUGCAUUACGACGACCUGUAUCGCAGGAGUAUUGACGCGAUCUCAGGUGCAGUGUUUUCAUUCCUGUACUCACCCGUCACCCCCAAAGUCUGGGAGCUGUUGCCCUACUUGCGAAACUUGCAGUCUGAACGGAAAGGACUAUGCGGAUGGUGAAGAAGCAACGUUGCCUGGGGACCCCUGCGUUCUGUGUCGAUGUGUCAAGGGUUCAAUGCAAUGUUCCAAGAAAGCAUGUCCUGUCCUGUCCUGUCCAGCGUCUGCCACAUAUUUGGAAAAGGGCGAAUGUUGUCCCCGAUGUAACGGAUCAAGGACUCGCUACAUGCCUCGUACGGUAUGCCUAUUAGGAGAGAAAGUCUACCCGACAGGGACAUCAUUUCGGCUAGACACAUGCACCAACUGUACCUGCAUGGACACUACUGCCGUAUGUGACAGAUUGUCAUGCCCACCCUUGGAAUGCGACGCGUCACAUCAGGUCUUGACGCAAGGAUCAUGUUGUGCGAAAUGCGAAAGUUUUCAAAAAUGUUCUUCACCACACGGGGAGAACGGAGAUCGAUGGACAGUGGACAGUUGCCGAAGCUGUGCAUGUGAGGAUGGUAAGGUCAAGUGCGCAGAGCAGAAAUGUCCGAAAAACUUACCUUGUCCUUGGGGCUACAAGCUCAAAUAUGUUUCUGGAAAAUGCUGCCCAGAGUGCGUUGGAGAGGAUGGAGUCUGCACUGUGUUUGGAGAUCCUCAUUAUCGAAGUUUCGAUGGCAGAGUAUUUAAUUUCCAGGGAGCUUGCAAAUACAUGCUGACAGCGGAUUGUAAGGGGAAGAGUUUUUCUGUACGAGUGCGUAACGAUGCCCGCGAGUCUCGAGCGUUUUCAUGGACGAGAACUGUGACCCUGAAAGUGAGGGAGGGACGAAUCACGAUGGGGCAGAGGAUGAGGAUUAAAUUCAAUGGAAAACGCGUUGCACUUCCUUUUAUCCAAGAAUCCCUCAAAAUUACCCAAGACGGGUAUAUUGCAACAGUUGAUACUGGAAUUGGCCUAAAAUUGCUCUGGGACGGUGACAGCUUUUUGGAAGUUUCCGUCCCUCAUGCCCUCCAAGGGCGUCUUUGUGGCCUAUGUGGAAAUUUCAACGGAAACAAAUCUGAUGACUUUAUGGCACGACAAGGAGGUGGCCCAGUAAGUCAUCCCAGUGCAUUUGGACAAUCGUGGAGGGUGGGAGGAAAAAAGGCAUGCAGCAGAGAAGAAGUGAAAGGUCCUGAACCAAUUUGCAAAAAGAAUUGGAAGACAAGGGUGAAAGCAGAAAAAUCCUGUGGUGCCAUUCGCUCCUCUGUUUUUGCCCCUUGUCAUAAGACAGUUUCGACAGAGAGGUUUUACAAAUCUUGCAUGCUUGACAUGUGCGAAUGUCCCUUGGGAAGAAAAUGCCACUGUGAAGUAUUAACAGCGUUUGCUCGUGCUUGCGAGAGAGCCGGGGUUCAGAUUCUAGAUUGGAGAGAAGCCACAGGUUGUACCCACAAGAAGCGGUGGCAGAACUUUAGCUAAUUUUUUUGUACUUUACAUUUUAUUACGAAACAAAAGGUCUGCAUGUAAAACGAUAUUCUCCUCUUUAGUAACAACAACUAUUAGCCGUAUAUCAAAGUACCCUGUAGAAACUAAAAGUAGAAGACUUGAUUAUAAAUUUUACAAACUAUUACUAUUAUUAGAUAGCAUUUUACGAAUUCUAGUUAACAGUCCCGGCCGGAAAGCACACUUUAUACAAAUGUAUUUAAGUUUAUGUAUGUUUUAUCCUUUAUCAGCAUCUCGAUUAUCUUAUGAUCAAUAUACAUGAAUAAUUUUAAGAAUUUAUUAUUCACAAUAACUUUACUCGUAUACCUUGGAAAGAUUUAUUUUAAUAAUUAUUUAUUUGUAUGUAUAUAUUAUUAUUUGUAAGUUUUUACAAUAUUUGCAAUGUGUGUAACUUGCAGAUUUUAUUUUUAUUUUGCACUUUUAUGUUUAUUCAGUAAUUCUUAAUUUAGUUUUAUUUUAUUUAAUGAAAAAUGUUUUUUUCAAGCCGCAACCUGAAGUAAAUAAAUGAACCGUUAAGACUGCAUACAAACAAAAUUAUUCUCUCGAAAGUAGCUUUAUUAGUAGUAACCAGUUAAAAAUUAUUGAGACUGUAUGUUAUAAGAAAUUUUAAUUUUCUCCCAAACAAAUAUAUAAUAACACAACUACACUAUUGUUUCACACACCACUCUACGUACGGGGUCAUAUAAAAUGAUCAUCUACAUUUGUAGAACAAAAGUAUUUUCAUAUAUUAUAUACCUUAUAAA